UUUCCAGGUUGCGCGACACAUUCUCGCCACCCGCACUACUACUGAGCAGUACCUCUACGAGAUUAGUUCGACGAUCUCUGAAACUCUGCAAUGGCUGACGCAGCAAAGAAAGCACCUAAGGCCAAGGCCCCUAAGAAGCCCGCAGCUCACCCCAAAUACUCCGUCAUGAUCGCAGCCGCCCUUGCUGCCCUGAAGGAGCGUAGCGGUUCUUCUCGUCAGGCCAUCCUGAAGUACAUCGUCGCCACUUACAAGGUUGACCCCAAGGCUGCCGCCACGCAACUGAAACUUGCCCUGAAGCGUGGUGUGACCACUGGAGCCCUCAAGCAGGUCAAGGGUGCCGGUGCAUCUGGUUCCUUUAGACUAAACAAGCCCGCCGCUGAAGCCAAACCCAAA